UCAGUUUGUGUUAAUUCCGUCGCUACACAAUAUAUAGUCAAAGUACUGUAACUUGCCCUCAGCUGGUGAAGACAGUGGAAGCUACAAUUGCCUGAACACCGUUUCCAUGGAAACGUAAACAAAACGGCUAGCAGUGAUUGCUUUACACACACUCCGCAUGAACCACGGUUUGCUUAACUUUUUGUGGUUUUACUAAGUGAACAGCUGCAUUUACUUUUUUCUCCAACCAACCGAAUGGACUUGAGCAACGUUAGGCGUGUAUCCUCUGCAGGCUACCGGUUGCCGGAACGAUCCAAUGGAACCAGGCCGAUAGCGACCCAGCCACCUGCGGACAGGACGCGCUACGCCAAAGGAGACGCGGUGUCCUUACAGCAGAAUCCAGAUAAGAGUGAUUCCGUUAAACAGGACCGAGUGUGGAAAGAGCUGGUGUGGACUGAGAGGAAAGGAAUCCAGGAAUGGGAGAAGAAGUGGAACUUUCUCAAGAACUAUGAUCAGAUGGGACAGCCAAAGUCAGAGGAACCUUUACCCAGUUACGUGUCGCUCUUCUCUGAUCGAGUCCCCAACACCACCAACCAGAUGUUAGGCAGCAGACUGUCCACUCCACUGGGGAGUGAACUGGUAAAACUGGACAGGCUAUUACUCUUGUCUGGAAGCCAUCACAGGCGCAAGCAGGAUCCAGAGAUGCUCCCCUUCUAGACCGCUCUGAGAAUGAGUCACUUCAUAUCCGGACCUCUGCACAUAAGGGUUUUUUAGUCUGAACUCUGCAAAGCUUUGACUGUGCUGUCCUCGUUGGGAGCUCAAGUUUUGGAAGUGGUGGCGCUCAACAUGGCUUCGCCUAUGUGAGUUUAGAUUAGAUUUAAUGUUGUGAUUUUGUGUGUUUUUAUUUGUUUGUUUGUUUGUUUUAAGUAAAAUGCUGACAUCUAUUCAGAAGCCAUAUCAGGGGAGCAGUCAGGAGUAAUAAGAAAAUGAUAGCUUGCUGUCCUAUAUGUUUUAAUUUACCAGAUUAGUUGUAAUUCAUGUAUCACCAAAUAAAGACAGGUGAGAAGGGAAGACAUCAGUAGAUGAGAUCAGGUCAUCUGAGCUCCAUCAGGUAUUUAAUCAGAUACUUGAUAAUCCAACAAGAUACCUGAUCAAAUUUGGAUGAGUUAAAGGUUGUAUCACCACUACAUUUCUCCCUCCCAGAAACCCGAGGGCUCAAAUAGUGUUGGGACUCAAAGAUAAAAUAAAAUAACAGAAAAACAGAAAACAUAAAGCUUAAAAGCAUCUAGGUGGAUGUAGAUCCCUAAACAAACAAAAACAAGAAACAAAUAAAAAACAUAGCAUAUAGUCUGACAGCAACUAUAUGAGAAGAAUUUUACCAUAUGAGAAUCUUACUCACUGAUAUACUGAUAUAUAUUUUAUUUUGGUAUGAAACUGGUUUUAUUUUUUUAUUUAAAGACCUAAAAGGGCUGUUGCACACUGUAAGAUGUUGUCCAGGACCUAAGCCAUUGUUCCAUGGUGGAGCCGUGGAACUACACUGAUUUCAUUUUUGUGAUUUUCAUGAUAAUGUAGCUCAUGUAGCUGCACUUCAUGGGAUUGGCAGCGUAUCUCAGGUUUUUAUUGUAGUUGCCUUAAAAAACUAUUCUGUAUAAUGUUAUGUUGUUAUUCUGUACAAUGUUAUGUUGUUAUAAACGACAUGUUGUUAUAAACAACAUAACUGCCCCUCUUGUCCAAAUUUGAAUUAAAAUAUUGGUCUCCAAUGAAGUUAUGUUCAGAUGAUUGUAUGCUCUGAGUUUUUCUACAUUAUAAUCAA